UCAUGAUUCAAAUCGAUCACUUCAACUCCCAAAACAACCCUGCUAAAGCUCUAAAAUUCCUCCUCUGUCCUUUGUCUUGUAUAUUUAUCUAAACCCCUUUCGUAAUCAAAAUCCUAUAUUUUAUUUGCAUUUUGUUUUGACCUUCUCUUUUAGAAAAAAAAAAAAAACAAACGAAAAGAAAACAGUAAAAAUUCAGUUUCAAAUUUCAAUACAGAGAAAGAGAGUGUGUGAGAUAUGGAGGGAGGAGGAGCGCAGCAGAGCAAUCGUACUGUGGAACAGGUUUUUAGGGAUUUCAAGAGCCGGCAAUCCGGCUUGAUUAAGGCCUUGACUACUGAUGUUGAAGAGUUCCAUAGGCAGUGUGAUCCAGAGAAGGAGAAUCUCUGCUUGUAUGGCUUUCCCAAUGAGCAAUGGCAAGUCAGUUUACCUGCUGAAGAAGUGCCUCCAGAGCUUCCUGAGCCUGCGCUUGGUAUUAACUUUGCAAGAGAUGGCAUGCAACAAAAGGAUUGGUUAUCCUUAGUCGCUGUCCACAGUGAUGCAUGGCUGCUUUCUGUUGCCUUCUAUUUUGGUGCCAGAUUUGGUUUUGAUAGAGCUGACAGGAAACGGCUUUUUAAUAUGAUAAAUGAUCAGCCAACUAUAUAUGAAGUUGUGAAUGAUGGUGGUGGUCCAAAGAAACAAGUGAAAGAGAAGUCAUUUGUCUCCAAUCAUAGUAGCAACAAAUCCAAGUCAAACUCCAAAAUGCAGCAGCAACAAGAAUCUCAGGGAAAGUAUUCGAAGUUGUCACAGCCAAAGGAUGAAGAUGAGCACUUGGUUGAGGAAGAUGAGGAUGAGCAUGGAGACACAUUAUGUGGUGCAUGUGGUGAUAACUAUGGAGCUGAUGAGUUCUGGAUUUGCUGUGACGCCUGUGAGAGGUGGUUCCAUGGCAAGUGUGUGAAGAUCACCCCUGCUAGGGCCGAACACAUUAAGCAGUAUAAAUGCCCAUCAUGCAGUAACAAGAGAGGUCGCUCCUGAUAUAUAUCUGAGGGCUGUGGUUCUCCGCCAUAGAACUCUCUUUAGCUGGACUGCUAACUGCCCUGUCAAUCAGUUGGUUUCUUGGAUUUAUUGUUUGUUAGUGCAAUGUGUUAAUGGGUAGAUCGAAAUGUUGAUGACUAGUUUCAUCUAGAGCACUCAGUUUCCAAUAUAUGUGUAUUUUAAUUAGAAACAUCUAAUUAUCUCUUCCAAUUUAAUAGGAAAUCUCGUUAAUAGUUCACAUCUUUUCG